CCUCCGCCACCUCGGAGGGGAGGUCCACCAGCGGGUAAUGGUGGCGCCGGUGUUGGUGGUCAGCAGACGACGGCCACCAGCUUCCUUCAGCUCAGCCAGGACCAUCUUGCCGCCGGUCAGCAUCAUCAGCCGCACCAACCGACGGCCAUCCAGCCGGGUAUGAAGCUGUUCCCCAACUAUACACCGCCGAUUCCGCCGCACCACCACCACAACGGGAACGGGGGCAUGGGUGAUGGGAGCAGCCCGGCCAACCAUCACUACCACCAGAUAACGUACCAGACGCAAACACUCGCCCCGUUGCGGCUCAAUCAGGAACACUUCCUGCCGCACGCCAGCAAAACGAACACGGUCAGUGCGUCGUCCGGCGGCGUCAAUCAGCCGCGGUUGCACUCCAAAUAUCAAACCCACCAUCACCAUCUGCAUCACCAUCACCAGCACGGUCCGGUGCAGCCGGGCGGCAAUGUAUCGCCCGGGCCGCCGACCACCGCCGGCAUUGCGAUGCAUCAAAGCUACUCGCCCGAUGCACAGCUGCAGCACCAUCAUCAUCACCAUCAUCAUCAUCCGGCGCAUCAUCCACAUCGGGACGACAUGUCCGAUCGGGAGGACGACGAGGAUGACACGCUGGACGUGAACGAUGGUGAGGGUAGCGGACAGAGUGAUGCCACCUCCCCGCCACAAAGUCCCCUCUCGCCCGUGCCACCCGAGCUGCCCAUCCGCAACGGGCUGCUGGCAAACACGCUGAACCACAUCAACAACAACAGCAGCAGCUGCAACGGCCCGAUGAUGGCCACGGAACGCAUCAGGACACCGCCAUCACCGCCAGCCACACCGCCGCCCCCGUCCGCCAUCACCACCGGCGCCAUCACGCUGGGUAAUGGCCGCAAGACCCUGUCGGUGGCACGACACUAUCACUAAAGGGUUUUAAGUAAAUCCGCAACAGGAGAAUAGACUGGACUUACUGCUGCUUGAUGGCGCUUGGCGGGUAUUGUGAUGGAUGGUUGUUUUGUGUACUCUCCCAGUCAUCAGCUAACCCUUAACCUCGUGGGGUUUGCGUGGUGUAGUAGAUAGACUUAGUAGUAGGGGGUAGAAAGAAUUCGAUUGCGGUCCCAGUGCGCGCGUUUCGCAACUCAAAUGUUAUGUGCGGUUUGGGAAUUUAGACCUAUUCCUAGUCACAGCCCGAUGACAGAGGUUUUGUCAUACGGUUAUUUUAAUUGGUAAAUGCGCUAUCACUAUCGGUUCUUUGUUAUAAAAAGGCUGUUUGAAGAUUUGAUGAAGGGCUUCACGAACAUUCUCUUUGCUUAGAGAUGAAAUUGUAACGUACAUGUGCUUG